AUGUGGCUCAUCAAUACCGACACAUUUAAACUGGAAUAUGUCAUGAACCACGUCAAGGGAUCUUAUGCGAUUCUUUCCCAUACUUGGGAGGAAGACGAAAUUUCGUUCCAGGACUUUCAAGAUCUGCGAAUUGCCAAGGAGAAAGCAGGCUUCGCCAAAACCCAGCAGACAGUGUGGAAGGCGGGCUGCAUGAACUUGAAGUAUGUCUGGGUUGAUACCUGCUGCAUUGAUAAAUCUAGCAGCGCGGAACUAUCUGAGGCUAUCAACUCCAUGUUUCGGUGGUAUACAGAUGCAGCAGUCUGCUACGCCUACCUGUCAGACUUCCCUGACCGUGAGCGCAUCGCGAAACUCCACCCUGAAGCGGAUGGCCCGCACAUUAAACGUCUGCAGAGUACAUCCUUCGCCCGGUGUCGCUGGUUCGAGCGAGGUUGGACGUUGCAGGAGCUGCUUGCGCCCGAUACUGUCAAGUGCUACGACUCCGAUUGGAACCUGUAUGGGACCAAGACCACGCUUGAGGAGAAGAUAAGCCGCGUCACUCGAAUUCCCGUGGGCGUCCUGAGGAAGUCAACGCCAUUACAUCAGGUCAUGAUAGCUCGUAAAAUGUCGUGGACGGCCAACAGGAAGACCACUAGGCUCGAAGACACCGCCUACUGUCUCAUGGGCAUCUUUGACAUCAACAUGGCCCUUCUAUAUGGCGAGGGGGUCAAAGCCUUCAUCCGCUUACAAGAGGAGAUUUGCAAGCAGUCGUCUGACUUAUCUCUGUUUGCUUGGACAGCCCCAUUCGAUGAUAUUGACCCUUUAGCACCGUCUCAAGCAUACCGGGGAAUCUUGAGCGCCUCUCCUGCUGAGUUCAAAUCUUGCCAUACGAUCCUUCCCUACCAAGGCAGGUCUUAUCAGGGCGAGUUCAGGAUGCCGAAUAGAGGCUUAUGUCUUGAACAGCUGACACUGCGUGCUUACCAUGGCAGUAUAUCUCUGGGGUUGGACUGGUACGACGAAUCCACCGGAUCCGCACAGUUAGCUAUCGACUUGUGA